UGCUCACAGUUAUGGCGGUGUUAGGGAGUCGAAAGGAUGGAGUACUGUCUUGAGUUUUGCUUUUCUCGUUGAUUCAGGAAUUUGUCACCACUUUUCAUUUCUUAACAUUCUACGUUUUAUUCCUGCAACGAUGGCGGACCGAGGCGUGGAUAUGUUGGCACUACCGAAAGAGGUCAAGGACCAAUUGGCGGAGUUGGAUUUGGAACUGUCCGAAGGUGAUAUCACACAGAAGGGAUAUGAGAAGAAAAGGACUAAACUUCUGCUUCCCUUCUUUAUUCAUACACCAGUGGAAGCUCCCCCCCCUGCCUAUGAUGCCCAGGCUCCUGGUCCUAGCAACGCUUCUGGCUCCACCCAUGCCAAUGCUCACACCCAGGCUCCUCCACCCAGCUCCUCUUCCCGCUAUCGUGAUCGUCGCUCUCGGCGACCGCACCGCAGCGGAGGGACCAGGGAUGACCGCUACCGAUCAGAUAUCCACACAGAGGCGGUGCAGGCUGCGUUGGCCAAACACAAGGAGGAGAAGAUGGCACUACCCAUGCCCACCAAACGCCGCUCCACCUACGUUCAGUCGCCCAUCAACAACUGCACCCCACCAGGUAGCGUAGGACUGACUCCUUCAAAUCAGCCUGACUGCUUCUAUUUCCUCAGGAACAGCCUACACUCGUCGUCAAGUUCAGAGGACGAGGGUGCUCUGUUGAGACAGUCGUCAGUGGGUGCUGGUUUGGGGGCUCCUGCCCCUUCCUCUCUGCUGCAGCCCCCCAGUCUGCAGAGUCCUGACUCCUGGAUCAACCGCUCUGUCCAGGGCUCCUCCACAUCCUCUUCCGCUUCUUCCGCCUCCUCCACCCUGUCCCAUGGAGAGAGCAAGCCCCAGCCUCAACCAUCCCAGACCCAAGCCCAGCCCCAGUACAAGCCCCAGUACCAGCCCCAAUACCAGCCCCAAUACCAGCCACAGUACCAGCCACAGUACCAGUCACAACUACAGCCACAGUCACAGCCACAGCAUCCAGCCAUAGCUGACAUGCUGGCUCAAGCACGGAUUGGCCUUUCAGAGAACAGUGGACCCCCCCCAGACGUGUUGGCGGCAGCCCCCCAGGCCAGGGGCUCCUCUCAGGUGGACCGGCCCAACAACCCUCCUGUGGUCCGGGGGAUGAGCCGCGGACAGAGUCGCUCCAGCAUGAUGGAGACAGCCGAUGGUGUCCCGGUGAACAGCAGGGUGUCCACUAAGAUCCAGCAGCUGCUCAAUACCUUGAAGAGGCCCAAGAGGCCCCCCCUCAGUGAGUUCUUCGUGGAUGACCAGGAGGAGAUCGUAGAGGUGCCCCAGCCGGACCCCAAUACACCACGGCCAGAGGGCCGUCAGAUCAUCCCAGUGAAGGGGGAGCCCCUGGGGGUGGUCAGUAACUGGCCUCCGGCCCUCCAGGCUGCCCUGGCCCGAUGGGGAGCCACACAGGGCAAGAGCCCCGCCCUCACCGCCCUGGACAUCACUGGCAAAUCCCUGUACACAUUGACCUACGGGAAGCUGUGGAGCCGCAGUGUGAAGCUGGCCUACACCCUCCUCAACAAACUGGGACCCAAGAACGAGCAGGUCCUCAAGCCUGGGGACAGGGUGGCUCUAGUGUACCCAAACAGUGACCCUGGGAUGUUCUGGGUGGCCUUCUAUGGCUGCCUGCUGGCUGAGGUCAUCCCUGUCCCUAUAGAGGUCCCUUUGUCUCGCAAGGAUGCAGGCAGUAGUCAGGUGGGCUUCCUGCUUGGCAGUUGUGGUGUAACUCUGGCUCUGACCAGUGAGAUCUGUCUGAAGGGACUCCCCAAGACACCCACCGGAGAGAUACUACAGUUCAAAGGCUGGCCUCAGCUAAAGUGGGUGGUGACAGAUUCCAAGUACCUCACCAAACCUGGCAAGGACUGGCAGCCCCACAUACCUACGGCUAACACUGACCCUGCAUACAUAGAGUACAAGGCAAGUAAGGAGGGCACAGUGAUGGGUGUGGCUGUGUCUAAGGUGGCCAUGUUAACCCAUUGCCAAGCACUUACCCAGGCCUGCAACUACUGUGAGGGUGAGACAUUAGUGAACGUUCUGGACUUUAAAAAGGACAUGGGUCUGUGGCAUGGAGUUCUCACGAGUGUAAUGAACAGGAUCCACACUAUCAGUGUGCCCUACGCUGUGAUGAAGGCUUGCCCUCUCUCCUGGGUUCAGAGGGUCCACAUACAUAAAGCGCGCGUUGCCUUGGUGAAGUGUCGUGACCUGCACUGGGCCAUGAUGGCACACAGGGAACAGAGGGACACCAGCCUGGCAUCACUGCGCAUGCUCAUUGUCGCUGAUGGAGCCAACCCCUGGUCGGUGUCGUCCUGCGAUGCCUUCCUCAAUGUGUUCCAGAUCCACGGGCUGAAGCCAGAGGUCAUCUGUCCCUGUGCCACCUCCCCUGAGGCCAUGACGGUAGCCAUCCGCAGGCCGGGGGUGCCGGGGACGCCUCUCCCAGCCAGGGCUAUCCUCUCCAUGGGGGGUCUGAGUCACGGGGUCAUCAGGGUCAACACAGAGGACAAAAACUCUGCCCUCACCGUGCAGGAUGUGGGUCAUGUGAUGCCUGGAGCUCUGAUGUGUAUAGUGAAGCCUGAAGGGCCUCCUCAGCUCUGUAAGACAGAUGAGAUAGGGGAGAUUGUGGUGAACUCUCGUGCAGGAGGCAACAUGUACUAUGGCCUACCAGGAGUCACAAAGAACACCUUUGAGGUGAUUCCUGUCAAUGCUCUUGGUGCUCCUAUUGGAGAGAUCCCUUUUGUGAGAUCUGGACUCCUAGGCUUCGUAGGACCCGGCAGUCUGAUAUUUGUGGUGGGGAAGAACGAAGGCCUGCUGAUGGUGAGUGGGAGGAGACACAACGCUGAUGACUUGGUGGCCACAGCACUGGCCGUGGAGCCUGUCAAGACUGUGUAUCGUGGGAGGAUUGCGGUGUUCUCUGUGACAGUGUUCUAUGAUGAGAGGAUAGUGGUUGUGGCAGAGCAGAGGCCAGAUGCCAGUGAGGAGGACAGCUUCCAGUGGAUGAGCCGAGUACUGCAGGCCAUUGACAGUAUUCACCAGGUGGGUUUGUACUGCCUAGCCCUGGUGCCUGCCAACACAUUACCCAAGACCCACCUGGGAGGGAUCCACAUCUUCGAGACCAAGCAGCACUUCCUGGACGGCAACCUGCACCCCUGUAACAUCCUCAUGUGCCCCCAUACCUGUGUCACCAACCUCCCCAAACCACGGCAGAAACAGCCAGUGGGUGUGGGUCCAGCCUCCAUCAUGGUGGGGAACCUGGUAGCAGGGAAGAGGAUAGCCCAGGCAGCAGGCAGGGAUCUGGGCAUGAUCGAGGACCAGGACCUGAUCAGGAAGCUCCGCAUGUGGCCUACUAUGAUGCACCAGUUCCUGUCCGAGGCUCUACAGUGGAGGGCACAGACUGACCCAGACCACUGUCUCUAUGUGCUGCUCAAUGCAAAGGGGGUAGCGGUAUCCACAGCAACAUGUGUGCAGCUGCAUAAGCGGGCAGAGAAGAUUGCAGCGGCGCUCACAGAGAAAGGCAGCAUCAACACCGGGGACAACGUGGUGCUGCUCUACCCUCCUGGUAUUGACCUGAUAGCCUCCUUCUAUGGCUGUCUGUAUGCUGGCUGUGUUCCUGUCACUGUCAGACCUCCUCAUCCACAGAACCUGGCAGCUACACUUCCCACUGUCCGCAUGAUCAUCGACGUCAGUAAAGCUGCCUGUAUCCUUACCACUCAGAACCUCAUGAGGAUCCUACGCUCUAAAGAGGCUGCUGCCACUCUGAACAUUAAAACAUGGCCGACAAUCAUAGACACAGAUGACCUCCCUCGCCAUAGACCCCCCACGAUCUACAAGCCCCCCACGGCAGAGAUGAUCGCCUAUCUGGACUUCAGUGUAUCCACCACGGGUAUGCUCACUGGGGUCAAGAUCUCCCAUUCUGCAGUCAGUGCUCUGUGUCGCUCCAUCAAGCUACAGUGUGAGCUCUACUCCUCACGCCAAAUAGCCAUCUGCCUGGACCCUUACUGUGGCUUGGGCUUCGUACUGUGGUGCCUCGCAAGUGUGUACUCGGGCCACCAGUCCAUCCUAAUCCCUCCUAUGGAGUUGGAGAGCUGUCUGCCCCUGUGGCUGAGCACCCUGAGCCAGUACCGCAUCAGAGACACCUUCUGCUCCUACUCUGUCAUGGAGCUCUGCACCAAGGGGAUAGGCACGCAGACAGAGAUACUCAAAGCGCGGGGGCUGAAUCUGUCAUGUGUGAGGAGCUGUGUGGUGAUAGCAGAGGAGCGUCCUCGUCUGGCCCUCACCAUGUCAUUCUCCAAGCUGUUUAAGGACUUGGGCCUCUCCCCCCGCGCUGUCAGCACAGCCUUUGGAUCCAGGGUCAACCUGGCCAUUUGCAUGCAGGGAACCACUGGACCGGACCCCUCCACUGUGUAUGUGGACAUGAAGUCCCUCCGCCAUGACAGGGUGAGGCUGGUGGAGAGAGGGGCCCCUCAGAGUCUCCCUUUGAUGGAGUCUGGAAAAAUCUUACCAGGAGUCAGGGUGAUCAUUGUGAACCCAGAGACCAGAGGACCUCUAGGAGAUUCCCAUCUAGGGGAGAUCUGGAUCAACAGCCCUCACAGUGCCAGUGGCUACUAUACCAUCUAUGGAGAGGAGAGCCUGCAGGCCGACCACUUUAACACCAAGCUGAGCUUUGGAGACCCCACGACCCUGUGGGCCAGGACUGGCUACCUGGGCUUCGUCAAGAGGACUGAACUACUGGAUGCCGCUGGGCAUCGUCAUGACGCCCUGUUUGUGGUGGGUUCCCUGGAUGAGACUCUGGAGCUUAGGGGACUGCGCUACCACCCCAUCGACAUCGAGACAUCUGUGUCCCGGGCUCACCGGAGCAUCGCAGAGAGUGCGGUGUUCACGUGGACCAACCUACUGGUGGUGGUGGCUGAGCUGUGUGGCUCAGAGCAGGAUGCCCUGGACCUGGUGCCCCUGGUCACCAAUGUGGUGCUAGAGGAGCACCAUCUUAUCGUGGGCGUGGUGGUCAUCGUGGACCCAGGGGUCAUACCCAUCAACUCCAGGGGAGAGAAGCAGCGCAUGCACCUCCGGGACUCCUUCCUGGCUGACCAACUGGACCCCAUCUACGUGGCAUAUAAUAUGUGAGAGGCCAGGUGGAUGGGCUGGGCAGAUCAUCGUAUGGUGGAAAAGAUUCCGGCUGUUGGAGUGGGGGUUGGGAAGAAAGUAGUUUGGACCAACCUGCUCCAUAGACAGAAAAUGCAUGGUACCACAAUGGGCAGUAGGAGGGGGUUGGCUGCACUUUAUCGCACUGUAUUGACACAGCCCUUUUUGGGGUGCAUGUGGUUCAAAUCUUAGGUCUUUUGCAUUCCAGGUCUGUUGGAUUUCAAGAGGCACUGUUGUGUUUUGAGAUGUACACUGUAUAAAAUGGUGUGUAUAUAUACAGUACAAGUCAAAAGUUUGGACACACCUACUUUUUACAAUUUUAUACAUUGUAGAAUAAUAGUGAAGACAUC